GCACAUCUUUCUCCGACAUCUACAGAGAGAAGGACUAAACAGCAAGAGGAGAGAAGGUGCUGCUGCUGUUGCUGAGAGACCGGAGAGCAGGAAUACUACACAUGAACAGGAGGAACUUGUGGAUAGACGCAGCCGCGUGCACCUCGGGUAUUGUGAGGGGAAGACGGCUCAUGCCUUUGAUUUUAGAGCGAGGGAGCGGGCGGACAAACUCGCGCAGCGGCAUCUGGAAACGAUAGAGCAGUCAACAACAAGCGGCAGGUAGCAUCAAGCGCAAGGCAGAGCAGCACUAGCGCUGCGAGGACAGCCACAUCUGGGAGCUUUGAACAAGAACAGAAUCCGAGAAAAGGUGCUGAAGGACAGGCAGUUCGAGCCAGAAAUGCUCCAGGGGGCUGCCACGGUGGGCAGCAGCACCAGCAGUAACAAGGGGCGGCCAGGAGCUGAGGCAGGAGGAUUGCUGAAUGGUGUGGACACAUACAAGAAGAAGCUGUACAACCACUGCGGGCAAAUGGGUCGGCCCAUUCCACCCACUGCUUCUUCCACCCUACUACCCUCUGGCCAGCCACCAAGCUCACAUAACCCUCCACCAAGUAACUGUCAGAUGUCAUUACUUGAAAGUAAUACAUCUCAUCAGAUUAUGGACACAAACCCUGAUGAAGAGUUCUCCCCAAAGUCAUACCUACUGCGAGCAUGUUCAGGGACUCAACAAGGAGCCAGCACUAUUGGUCCUGUAAACCAUCAUCCUCAAGCAACAUUGAGGCCACCGCUUCCACCUCCACACAACCAAACUUUGUCUCAUCACCACUCAUCUGCAAACUCGCUGAACCGCAACUCCCUGACAAACCGACGGAAUCAGAUCCAUGCACCGGCACCAACAUCAAACGACCUGCCCACCACUCCAGAGUCUGUUCAACUGCAAGACAGCUGGGUGUUAAACAGCAAUGUGCCCCUAGAAACAAGGCAUUUUCUCUUUAAGACAUCUUCAGGAACCACCCCUCUCUUCAGCAGCUCUUCGCCUGGCUAUCCUUUGACUUCAGGGACAGUCUACUCUCCACCUCCUCGGCUUUUGCCUAGAAAUACAUUUUCUAGAAAUGCAUUCAAGCUGAAGAAACCAUCUAAGUACUGCAGUUGGAAAUGUGCUGCUCUGUCAGCUAUCGUAGCUGCGGUAUUGCUAGCUAUCCUGUUGGCUUAUUUCAUAGCAAUGCAUCUUCUCGGACUGAACUGGCAGCUGCAACCAGCAGAUGGGCACGCCUUUAAUAAUGGCAUGAGACCAGGUUUACCCGGAACCACUGACAUAGCGGCAAUCCCUUCUGGGGGAAAAGGACCCUGGGCAUCAAGAAACAAUAGUAUAGAUACAGGAGAGAUAGAGGUGAGCCGAAGGCUAACACAAGAAGUGCCUCCUGGAGUGUUCUGGAGAUCCCAGCUUCAUAUCAUGCAACCCCAUUUUCUGAAAUUCAAUAUCUCACUGGGAAAGGAUGCUUUGUUUGGUGUUUAUAUCAGGAGAGGACUUCCUCCAUCCCAUGCUCAGUAUGACUUCAUGGAGCGUUUGGAUGGUAAAGAGAAGUGGAGUGUAGUGGAGGCCCCACGGGAACGUCGAAGCAUCCAAACCCUGGUUCAGAAUGAGGCUGUCUUUGUUCAGUACCUAGAUCCCGGCAUGUGGCACUUGGCAUUUUACAAUGAUGGCAAGGACAAAGAAACUGUGUCCUUCAACACAGCUAUCUUAGAUUCUGUGCAAGACUGUCCUCGAAACUGUCAUGGCAAUGGAGAGUGUGUAUCAGGAGUGUGUCACUGCUUCCCAGGAUUCCAUGGCUCAGACUGCGCAAAAGGAUGGCGCCAUUUUCAUAAAUAUAAACACAAGGCAGCCUGUCCUGUUCUCUGCAGUGGAAAUGGUCAGUAUUCUAAAGGAAGUUGUAUCUGCUUCAGUGGAUGGAAGGGACCCGAGUGUGAUGUGCCUGCCAGUCAGUGCAUCGAUCCCACAUGUGGUGGUCAUGGAGGGUGUAAAGAAGGCCGCUGCAACUGUUUUGAAGGUUAUAAAGGAGAGAACUGUGAGGAAGUUGACUGCCGAGACCCAGCUUGCUCUAAUCAUGGAGUGUGUGUGAAUGGAGAGUGCCUUUGUACCCCAGGGUGGGGAGGCCAAAACUGUGAGCUAUCAAGGUCGCUUUGCCCAGACCAGUGCAGUGGGCAUGGAACAUACAUCACCGAGACAGGUCUCUGUAACUGUGAUCCCAACUGGAUGGGUCCUGACUGCUCUGUUGAGGUGUGCUCCGUGGACUGUGGUACUCAUGGGACGUGUGUCGGCAGAGCGUGUCACUGUGAGGAUGGCUGGACUGGGAUGGCAUGUGACCAACGAGUAUGCCACCCUCGUUGUACUGAACAUGGGACUUGCAAGGAUGGGAAGUGUGAAUGCAGAGAGGGCUGGAAUGGGGAGCACUGCACCAUCGAUGGCUGCCCUGAUUUGUGUAAUGGGAAUGGAAGAUGCAUGCUUGGUCAGAACAGCUGGCAUUGUGUCUGUCAUACUGGCUGGAGAGGACCUGGAUGCAAUGUUGCCAUGGAAACCUCUUGCACAGAUAAUAAGGAUAAUGAAGGAGAUGGCCUUGUGGACUGUAUGGAUCCAGACUGCUGUCUUCAGCCAAGCUGUAAAUCCAGCCAGCUCUGUCAUGGCUCUCUGGACCCUCUUGAUGUCAUACAGCAGAACCAGCAAGUAACAAAGCAAGUCAAGUCAUUCUAUGACAGAGUUAAGCUUCUUGUUGGCAAGGAUAGUACACAUAUCAUCCCUGGAGAUAAUCCUUUCAUUGCCAGCCUGGCAUCUCUUAUCAGAGGACAAGUAGUGACUACAGAUGGAACUCCAUUGAUUGGGGUAAACGUUUCAUUUGUUAAAUACCCACAGUAUGGAUAUACCAUCACCCGCCAAGAUGGCACCUUCGACUUGGUUGCCAAUGGAGGUUCUUCUCUCACACUGCACUUUGAACGUGCACCUUUCAUGAGCCAGGAACGCACAGUAUGGCUGCCAUGGAACACGUUCUAUGCCAUGGAUACCUUGGUGAUGAAGAGUGAUGAGAAUUCAAUUCCAGGCUGUGAUCUCAGUGGCUUCAUUCGUCCAGAUCCAAUAAUCGUAUCAUCCCCACUGUCUAUCUUCUUCAGCUCCAACCCGGGGCACAACCCAAUUGUGCCAGAAACCCAGGUUCUUCAUGAAGAAAUUGAGAUCCCUAGCUCCAGUGUAAAGCUGUGCUACCUCAGUUCCCGCACAGUUGGAUAUAAAUCUCUGCUGAAGAUCACAAUGACUCAGUUCACAGUACCAUUAAAUUUAAUCCGGGUUCACCUCAUGGUAGCUGUUGAAGGGCAUCUAUUCCAGAAAUCAUUUCAUGCAUCACCUAACCUUGCAUAUUCCUUUGUUUGGGACAAAAUGGAUGCCUAUGGUCAGAAAGUGUAUGGCCUUGCUGAUGUUGUAGUUUCUGUGGGUUUUGAGUAUGAGACAUGUCUCAGCCUCAUUCUUUGGGAGAAAAGAACCACUGUGCUGCAAGGAUAUGAAUUAGAGCCCUCAAACCUAGGAAGGUGGUCUCUGGACAAACAUCAUGCCCUUAAUGUGAGAAGUGGUAUAUUGCACAAAGGAAACGGAGAGAACCACUUCCUAUCACAGCAGCCUCCAGUAAUCACUAGUAUCAUGGGAAGUGGCCGCAGACGCAGCAUAUCCUGUCCUAGCUGCACUGGCCUUGCUGAAGGUAACAAGCUUCUUGCACCUGUGGCCUUGGCUGUCGGUAUUGAUGGAAGCCUGUAUGUUGGAGAUUUCAACUUUGUACGGCGGAUCUAUCCUUCUCUAAAUGUCACUAGUGUCUUGGAACUGAGAAAUAAAGACUUCAGGCACAGCAAUAACCCAGCUCAUAAAUACUUCCUGGGCGUGGAUCCUGUCUCUGGAGCAGUGUAUGUCUCUGACACAAAUAGUCGGCGCAUUUAUAGGAUCAAGUCACUGAGAGGGGCCAAGGACCUUUCCACAAAUUCUGAGGUAGUGGCAGGAACAGGAGAACAAUGCAUACCAUAUGAUGAAGCCAGGUGUGGAGAUGGGGGCAAGGCCACGGACGCUCCUCUUAUAAAUCCUAGAGGUAUUGCUGCAGAUAAGAAUGGAAUGAUGUAUUUUGUCGAUGCCACUAUGAUUAGGAAGGUGGAUCAGAACGGAAUUAUUUCUACUCUGCUAGGUUCAAAUGAUCUUACAGCUGUUCGGCCUCUCAGCUGUGACUCCAGCAUGGAUGUCAGUCAGGUGCGUUUGGAAUGGCCAACAGAUCUUGCUGUAAAUCCCAUUGAUAACUCCUUGUAUGUCCUGGAGAACAAUGUGAUUUUGCGUAUCACAGAAAACCAUCAAGUUAGCAUCAUUGCAGGGCGACCUAUGCACUGCCAGGUUCCUGGAAUAGACUACUCUCUAAGUAAACUAGCCAUUCACUCUGCCCUUGAAUCUGCCAGUGCAGUUGCUUUAUCUCACACCGGAAUUCUUUAUAUUGCUGAAACAGAUGAGAAAAAAAUUAACAGAGUUCGUCAGGUAACAACAAAUGGAGAAAUUUCACUGGUAGCUGGUGCAUCUUUGGACUGUGACUGCAAAAAUGAUGUCAACUGUGAGUGCUACUUCGGUGAUGAUGGCUAUGCUACAGAUGCUAGUUUGAAUUCCCCAUCAUCCCUUGCUGUGGCCCCUGAUGGUACUCUCUACAUUGCUGAUCUAGGGAACAUCCGUAUCAGAGCUGUAAAAACUAAUAAACCCAUUCUCAAUGCCUUCAACCAGUAUGAGCUAGCUUCUCCCAGAGAACAAGAGCUCUAUAUCUUCAAUGCAGAUGGAGUCCACCAGUACACUCAAAGCCUGGUUACAGGAGAACACUUAUUUAACUUCUCGUACAAUGCUGAUGGCGACAUUAUUGAGGUUGUUGACAACAGUGGCAACUCUAUUAAGAUACGCAGAGAUGCUAAUGGCACACCUCGAAGCUUGCUAAUGCCAGAUAACCAGAUUAUAACCUUCACUGUAGGCAGUAAUGGUGAGAUGAAGUCAGUGUCGACACAGAAGCAAGAACUGGGUGUCAUGACUUACCAUGGUAAUACAGGUCUCCUAGCUACAAAGAGUGAUGAUACCAGCUGGACUACUUUCUAUCACUAUGAUAGUGAAGGACGGCUAACAAAUGUAACAUACCCAACAGGCGCUGUGACAAGCCUGCAUCGAGAAAUGGAAAAAUCAAUCACGAUUGAUAUUGAAAACUCAAACCGUGAUGACGAUGUUGCAGUCGUCACGAAUCUCUCAUCAGUAGAAGCUUCUUAUACUGUGGUUCAAGAUCAGGUUCGGAACAGUUACCAGCUGUGCAAUAAUGGAACUCUGCGUGUCAUGUAUGCCAAUGGAAUGGGUGUUAGUUUCCACACAGAGCCUCAUAUCCUUGCUGGUACUGUGAGCCCCACAGUUGGUCUUCGAAAUAUCUCACUGCCCACAGAGAAUGGUCUCAACUCAAUUGAAUGGCGCCUAAGAAAAGAACAGCUGAAAGGGCGAAUCACUGUAUUUGGAAGAAAACUUAGGGUGCAUGGAAGAAACCUGCUAUCAAUAGAUUUUGACAGAAAUACACGAACGGAAAAGAUAUAUGAUGAUCAUCGUAAAUUUACCUUGCGGAUUAUUUAUGACCAGCUUGGCCGUCCAACAUUAUGGCUGCCUAGUAGUGGGCUUGCACCAGUAAAUGUCUCAUACGCAUCAGAUGGACGACUGAUUGGACUUCAGAGGGGAGCAAUGAAUGAAAGGAUUACUUCAGAUGGGCAGGGCAGAGUUGUUUCUCGUGCUUUUGCAGAUGGCAAAGUCUGGAGCUACACAUACCUUGAAAAGUCCAUGGUACUGCUUCUUCAGAGUCAACGCCAGUACGUGUUUGAAUACGAUAACUCAGAACGUCUCUGUGCUGUCACUAUGCCUAGCGUUGCUCGCCAUACCAUGUCAACACACACCUCAAUUGGUUAUAUUAGAAAUAUCUAUAAUCCACCUGAAAGCAAUGCAUCUGUUAUUUUUGACUAUAAUGAAGACGGCAAAAUUUUAAAAAAGUCUUACCUUGGAACAGGCAGGCAGGUAUUCUUUAAAUAUGGGAAGUUGUCCAAACUGUCGGAAAUUCUUUAUGACAGCACUGCAGUUACAUUUGGAUAUGAUGAAACAACUGGGGUCCUAAAGAUGGUCAGUUUACAAAGCGGCGGAUUUUCUUCUACAAUUCGCUACAGAAAAAUCGGCCCUCUGGUUGAUAAACAGAUUUACAGAUUCUCCGAGGAAGGUAUGGUCAAUGCUAGAUUUGAUUACACAUAUCAUGACAACAGUUUUCGUGUUGCCAGCAUAAAACCUGUCAUCAGUGAAACACCACUUCCUGUUGACCUAUACCGUUAUGAUGAAAUCUCUGGAAAAAUAGAGCACUUUGGAAAGUUUGGGGUUAUUUAUUAUGAUAUAAACCAAAUCAUUACAACAUCGGUAAUGACCCUGAGCAAGCACUUUGAUACUCAUGGACGUAUUAAGGAAGUUCAGUAUGAGAUGUUUAGGUCACUCAUGUACUGGAUGACUGUUCAAUAUGAUAGCAUGGGACGUGUAAUAAAGAGAGAGCUUAAGAUUGGACCCUAUGCCAAUACAACUAAGUACACAUAUGACUAUGAUGGAGAUGGGCAACUCCAAAGUGUAGCUGUGAAUGAUAGGCCCACCUGGCGUUACAGCUAUGAUUUAAAUGGGAAUCUCCAUCUUUUGAAUCCUGGUAGUAGUGCUCGAUUGAUGCCACUUCGUUAUGAUCUACGAGACAGGAUCACUCGUCUAGGUGACGUGCAGUAUAGGCUUGAUGAUGAUGGUUUCCUUUGUCAGCGAGGAUCAGAUAUAUUUGAAUACAACUCCAAAGGACUUUUACUUAGAGCUUACAAUAAGGUAAAUGGAUGGAGUAUUCAGUAUCGCUAUGAUGGCUUAGGACGCAGGGCCUCCAGUAAGAACAAUUUAGGGCAACACCUCCAAUUUUUUUAUUCCGAUCUUCAUAAUCCAACAAGGAUCACACAUGUGUACAAUCACUCCAAUUCUGAAAUUAUUUCAUUCUACUAUGACCUUCAAGGCCACCUUUUUGCAAUGGAAAGCAGUAAUACAAAAGAAUAUUAUGUUGCUACAGAUAACACUGGGACACCAUUGGCUGUCUUCAGUAACAAUGGCCUUCUUAUAAAAUUGUUGCAGUACACAGCAUAUGGAGAGAUAUAUUAUGACUCUAACCCUGAUUUUCAGCUGGUUAUUGGAUUUCAUGGAGGUUUGUAUGAUCCUUUAACAAAACUAGUCCACUUUACUCAAAGAGAUUACGAUGUCCUUGCUGGACGAUGGACAUCCCCAGAUUAUAUGUUAUGGAAGAAAAUUGGCAAGGAUCCAGUUCCUUUUAAUGUAUUUGUGUUCAAGAACAACAAUCCUCUCAGCAAUGCACUGGACUUAAAGAACUACGUAACAGAUGUGAAAAACUGGUUGGCAAUGUUUGGAUUUCAGCUCAGCAACAUCAUACCGGGUUUCCCUAGAGUGCGAACAUAUUUUGUGGAGCCUCCAUAUGAACUAACAGAAAGUCAAGAAUGUGAAAAGGGACAGCUCAUCACUGGAGUCCAGCAAGCAGCAGAAAGGCAAAACCAAGCAUUUAUGGCACUCGAGGGGCAAACGUUAUCCAGUGGGCCAAGUAGAACCCUCAAACAAAAGCCAGGGCACUGGUUUGCUUCCACAAUGCCAAUUAUUGGAAAAGGAGUGAUGUCUGCCAUCAAAGAGGGACGUCUUAUGACAGAUGUCAGCAGUGUUGCUAAGGAGGACAGCAGGAAAAUAGCAGCAGUUCUGAAUGGUGCAUACUAUCUGGAAAGGCUAAACUUUAACAUUGAAGGAAAAGACACACACUACUUUGUUAAGAUUGGACCAUCAGACAGUGAUCUUUUAACUUUAGGGAUGACCAAUGGACGCAAAUCAAUGGACAAUGGGAUUAAUGUCACUGCAUCUCAGCCAGCAUUGUUGGUUAAUGGAAGGACUCGAAGGUUCACAAUUGUUGAGUUCCAGUAUGCAUCCCUUUUACUUUCAGUGCGUUAUGGCUUGACAUUAGACACCCUUGAUGAAGAGAGUGCCAGAGUACUGGAUUUGGCACGACAAAGAGCUGUAGGGGGAGCAUGGGCCAAAGAACAGCAGAAAGUGCGAGAAGGUAAAGAAGGUAGUCGACUGUGGACUGAAGGUGAGAAACAACAGCUGCUAAACGCGGGCAGAGUCCAAGGCUAUGAAGGCUACUAUGUGUUACCUGUGGAACAGUACCCAGAGCUUUCAGAUAGCAGCAGCAAUAUCCAGUUUUUGAGACAGAAUGAGAUGGGUAAAAGGUAACAAAUUAGCCUACUGUCAUCCACUGGUGGAUGAAACAGUCCUUACAACUGUUAUCUCCUCUCCUAAGGAGAUGAAAAAAUAAAGGGGGUACUAGGCCAGACUACAAAGGACAUUGCAAAGCAGCAACAAAGCUCAUAUUUUUGAGUUUACUGCUGCUGCUGCUGCUGGUGAGCAGAUAGACUGUAACCUGAAGUAGACUAAAAGCCCUAUCAAGUCACUUAAGUAAAUUUAAAAGUACCCUUUCAUUGUUACCCAGUUGUUCUGGGUAUAAGACAGAAGGCCUCGCAUUACCUCACUGGCGUUCCAUGUGAGUUACAUUAAACUUUACAAAAUCCAAGAUGGCCACCUUCACUGGGAUGAGUAAAAUAAAUAGCUCAGACUGCUGCUUUAGUAAAUAUGGCAGAAGUUUUCCUUUCGGCAAAUACAGCUGCUUUCAGAAUAUGACUUUUGGCUGAGUUGGUGUGUUUCAGGUAACUGUGAAAACCAUUGAAGCACCAUAAUUUUCUGAGUCUGCAUUCAUGUCCAUACUUCACUUUGGGUGGAUAAAAGUUUAAUCACGAAUGUAGUUCCAGUCCCAGUGUGAGUGGAUGGGUGGUGGUACUCCUAUCAAAUAAAUGCCAUAUUCUGUUUAUUUGUAAAGUUUCCAUAGUUGUGGGCAGUACAACACAGUUUACAGGGUGUCACUGUUUAGGUAACGUAGUUUGUUGAUCCCAUUUCUCCAGUAGAGAUACUGACAUUGUUAUCACACUCUGUUACAAGUGGUGCACUUCUUAAAACCACCCUGUACAUACUGGAGCCAGAAGGCAUAUCACUGUCCAUUUUUUUAAAGUUAUAACUAUAUUGGUGUAUUUGUUUUUUUCUGGAAACUAUGACAAUCACAUUUCAGUCAGUACACACACACACACAAACUCACAGAGAUGCUAACAUGAACUUUUGGUGCAAGAACAUUUUUGUAAAAUAUAUGUAUUAAAUUGUCAUUGAGUUUUUAUAUUAAUUUUAAUUUGCUGCAAAUAAUAGGAGCAGAAAGAUAAUUUAUGGCAAAGUGUUUAAGACUUGUUUAUACAUUAAUAAAGUCCCUAAAACUCUUGUGAAAUAAAUGUCAUUUUUUUAGGCAUUUUGGAAAUUA